CUGUGAAGGGACACGUUUGGAAAACGCGUUUCCCGUUUCACCCUCUAUUCUUCUCUCAUGAAAGAGUCUAUAGAAGGCGACAGGCAGUCAUGGAGGAGUUGAGUGCUGUGGGAGAGCAGGUCUUCGAUGCCGAAUGCAUCCUGAACAAACGAAUGAGAAAGGGAAAGUUGGAGUUUCUGGUGAAGUGGAGGGGAUGGUCAUCCAAGCACAAUAGCUGGGAGCCUCAGGAGAACAUUCUGGACCCCAGACUGAUGUCUGCCUUCAACAAGAGGGAGCAGGAGAAGGACGUCGUCUUCAGGAAGCGAGGGAAGAGACCCAGGGGAAGACCACGGAAACAUUUGGAAACGGUACCCGAGGCUUCCAAGUCCAACACCUCCUCUUCAUCCUCCUCGUCCUCUUCCUCCUCGUCCUCAUCCGGCUCCUCUUCCUCCUCCUCCUCUUCCUCCUCCUCGUCGGAGGAUGAUGAUGACGGCGAUGCGGAUGUCAGUGACGGCAAGGCCAAACCGGUCCUCCGAGCGCGCGAGCUGCACCCGGUACCACAGAAGAAGGCCCAGAUCCUGGUGGCCAAGCCUGAACCACCGAGGAAGAGAGGCAGGAAACCUCUCCCACCCCAGCUCAAGGCCUUCCCUCCCAACAAGGCUGCCCGCAAGGUCCUAAAGCCCAUCCCUUCCAAAGAUUCGCCUACUUCCCCCUCUGACGAUCUUCGCGGCGGGUCUAAAAAGUCCCUGCACCCACCUAGCUUCACCUUCAUGGGGUUCCACCGGGCAUCCAACCAGAGCAGGGGCCCUGUGACACAUGCUGUAGGGGCCGUCAAACUCCCCCUGAACUCAGCAAGCUCCCCCCGGUCUCUCUCUUCCUCCUCGCCGGCGCCUCCACUCUCCUCCAUCACCUCCACUUCCUCCCUCAACGCGACCAAUCAGAACAGGAAGGGUUCUGAUCUCCAACAGGCCGUGUGUGAACCUGGCAGCGGGGCGGGGUUGGACCUGAAGACCAACACCAGAUCUCCCGGAGCAGCCCAGCUCAGUCUCCAUGGCAACAAACUGUCAUCCACCAAUGGGAGCUCUGCCCAGGCUAGUGCGGGCCAGCCCAGCUUGGGACCCACCCAAAGGAAACAAGCCCCCCCCGGGCAGACCCCCCUAACGAGGGUUCCCGGUCCGAAAUCCCCCCCGUUCUCCCCCCAGAAACCCCCCACCAGCCUCCAGCCCCUCAACCUCCAAAACGUCUUAAAACCCACGCACGGCAACAACCCCGCCGCCGUCGGCAACGUCACGGCGCCGGCCUCUAGCCUCCGCGUCGCGGCCGCCAGCCCAGCGGCACGAAAGGCUGCUGUCGGGCAGAGCCCCGCCCCGGCCCCCGCCACGCCCGGAGGCCAGACGGCCAGGAAGACCCAGCCAGGGGCGGAGGAACCGGGGGCCACACUGGGGGAGAGGUCGACCUCCAGGACCACCCAGGUCCGGGCAGAGAAGAACCCGGCCGCAGAGGCCCCGGGCCUGGGUGGGAAGCGUGAGAGGUCAGCCUCUAAGGACGGGAAGCUGGGGAAGAUGGCUGAGAUGAGCACGGGGGAAGACGAGAGCAGCUCGGACUCGGACCAGGAGCCCGGGGCGGCCCAGGACCUGUCCAUCUCCGUCCAGACCGGACAGGACUGGAAACCGCCUCGCAGCCUCAUCGAGCACGUGUUCGUCACGGACGUCACCGCCAACCUGGUCACCGUCACAGUCAAGGAGUCUCCCACCAGCGUCGGCUUCUUCAACCUCCGCAACUACUGACCUCUGACCCGUCGACCUCCGACCUGUCGAGAGCCUUACAGUUACGGAUCCGAUAUCCAAUCACCAGCGUCCGGUUAUCGAUCUAUUGAUAUUGACGUUCGAUCCAUCCCCGGUUACCAUUUAUUGAUCUGUUGAUAUCCCGGUAACCAGCUUCCGGUGGAUGAUCUAGCCAUCCCCGGUUACCGGGUUCUGGUUAGUGGUCUGUGACCUUUGGUCAUGGAUGUUGAGCACAUCAUGUGAAGGGCUUCUCCAGAGAGACCCAGAUGCAUGUUCAGGGUCAGGAUCUGGGUCUUGCACCAGCAGAGUAGGGCCUCCCAAUCAUGGAGGUCUUAACGGACUUCUGAAAAGAGAUUACUGGUUGUCUAUAAACCUGUGAAUCGUUUAGUUUUGAACCCUCCUAUUGUCUUAGGAAAUACAUCUCAUAACUCAAAAUAUUUGAAUGUAAAUGUGAAAUUUGGCUCAUUGGUACAGCUAUAAGUUUGGAUUCCAACCAAAUAGUCAUAAACAACAUCCAUAUAAUCUAAACAUACACCAAUUCAAAAGAAUAAGACAAAAAAGAGCUGGUCUUAAGUCUAAUCUCUCACAGUUGGCCUUCCUGAUAUGUUUGGACCUCACAGGGACUGUUACGGCCCCAAUCAGUAUAAUCUCAGGUCAUAUUGACCCCAAGACAUUAGGCGACAACACUGAAAAUUAUUAUUAUAAAUAUCACCAAAUGUCAACAUUUAAGGUCAUUUUAGGAAGCUUCAUAGAUGAAUGUUUUUUAUGAUUUUCUUAGAUUUGAAUAUAAUUUGGGCCCCUAGGACAAUAGGAGGGUUAAUGGUUUAAGGCGACUAAGAAACCAGAGAGAGAGAGGGAGGUUCUUUGAGUUAAGUUUUGAAGGAUGUAUAAAACCUACAGUGGUAUGCUAGGAGACUUAAGUUGGAUAAUCAAGCAUUAAGACAACCAUAGACUAUUCAAAUAGUCAACUCUGUAUUCAUCAUAAAACUGCCGUGGUAGAAUCUCUUGUACUCUGUUACUGAACACAUGUUAUUUCAUGCCAUGUACCAAUACAACAUGUGUAGAAACUGGAUAUUGAAUAAGUUGUCUUAAUAAGAGGGAAUUUUGUGUUAGCUAUUUAACGAGGAACAGUUACUUUUUUUUAAAUUCUUUCAGUAUUUAUGGGUUUAAAUGCCUACGCCUAGUCAAUGUAGAACAAAUUUAAACUAGUGUUUUGGAUCAAAGCUCUCAGUGAAUAGAGUGUUACCUAGCAAUGCAUCUCGUUGGUGACAUUGUAAUUUAGCUACCUCUAUCUUGUAAUCCAACCUUUACCACCUAUCUCCUGUAGUCUUUGUUUUAAAGAGAUCUUUGAAGAAAGCUAAAGUUAAUUAUGUGUGUAGCAAUGUCAUUCCCAUCCCCCUGUAGUCGGCGGAUGUUUACCCUGCUUCAAUUGUUUCUGGAAUCAAAAAGUAUAAUUAAUAAUAAUAAUAAUACAGUACUUUUUUGUAUUUUUCUAUUUUUUUGUAAAGGAAAGGCUCUAAAGACAUUCAGCUAAACCUUUUAGUAGCAUGUUUCCUGUUUUGUUUUCUGCCUUUGGUUGUAAUGAUGGUAGCUCCAGAAAAUGAACAGAGGGAGAGUUGAGGAGGAGAGAAACAGAGAGAGACCAAGGAGUAAGGCUAAGCCACAGUUAUCUCAUCAGUUAAAAACAAGAUGCCAUUCCUGAGUAGUUCUUUCUGUAGGA